GCCGCAGAGCCCCAAGCCCGGCAGGAAGGUGUGGGGCAGCCCCUCCCUCAGGGCACAUCCCCAUGGCUAACCCCCAGACCCAUUGCUGCGAGGUCACUGCCAUCCCUCUUCCCCCGGCUGUGCCUCUCUCCAGGUUUGUCCCGCUGGGUUCUUCCUCGGCCAGGAGGGUGUUUGGUGCUUGCAGGGAGCUGGAUGGUGUGAAGAGAGGAGCUGCUGGCCUUUCCUGGGAGCCCUGGCACUUCCAGCGAGGAGGCAGCGCCAUGCUGGCUCCAAAGAAAGGCCUCCUGUGCAACCUCAACCACAUCCACCUGCAGCACAUCUCCCUGGGGCUGCACCUCUCCCGGCACCCCGAGCUCCAGGAUGCUUCCACGGCCGGGGGAGAGCAGACCGGCUGCACCCAGUGCCCGGAGAACCGGGAGCCGGUGGAUGCCAAUUCCAACAAUCCCUCGGUGAAAUGCCGCUGCUGUGAGUCCCACGCUCCGGAGCUGGAGACGCUCGGGCUCCAGAACCAAGAGGAUUUCCCCUGCCUGCACAGCGGAGACGAGGAGGAGGCGGCUUCCCCUUGUGAUCCCCCUUGUGAUCUGGCUUCUUCCUCCUCCUCCUCCUCCUCCUCUGUCAGUAGCUGCUCGGAUUUCAGCUUGGAUGAAUCCCCGGUCUCGGUGUACUGCAAGGAGUUCGCCAGAGCAGAGUCCCAAUCUCCUGACAAGCAGCUGAACGUCAUUCCCACAGAAAACGCCUGGCAUGGAGAGUCUCUGGCUGAUGGAGAGAGUCUGCCUGACCAGGAGAGGACGUGCCAUGGGAGAGAUGCCAACCACAACUCCCCGGUGUCCCUGCGAGCCACCGCCGUGGCCAGCAAGAGCCCGGACAGCCUCUGCAGCAACAACUCGCUCGACUCCCACUGCGACGAGCUCUCUCCCAGCGCAGCAGCAGCAGCAGCACAGGACACCGCCGGCACCUGCCCUGACCUAGACCCCAACUGCAACCCCCUCCCCGAGCCCGGUGCCGCGCCCCCAGCACCGCCGCCUGUGCCGGAGCGGCGGGACCCCGGCAUCCCGAGCGGCGCUCCGGAGCCGCGGCCCCGGCCCGGCGGCCUCCCCCCGCCGGUGCCCCCUCGUCCCCGGCGGCGGCUGCAGGUCCUCAACGCGCACAGAGCGGAGCAGCCGCCGGAGCCCCGGGCCGGGCCCGGUGAGCUCUGCCGAGACACGGGCGCCAAGACCAUCACCUCCUUCCACGAGCUGGCCCAGAGGAGGAAGAGGAACGCGGCCGGAACGCUCGCCCAGGCCAGGGUUGACCGCAGUGACUGGCUGAUCGUGUUCUCGCCUGACACGGAGCUGCCCCCCACCAGCGAGCUGCUCGCCGGCACCGCGGGCCGGGAGCCAGCCCGGCCUCCGCCCCAGCCCCAGCCGCAGCCCCGGCAGGACGGGCCGGCCGGGCCUCCCGGCUCCGGGCAGCGCGAGGUGACGACGUUCAAGGAGCUGCGGUCCCGCAGUGCCGCCCGGCAGCCCAAGGGCCAGCGGGCAGAGCCGGGCCAGCGCCCCGCUGUGCCCGCGGGGACGGGCGCGGGCCCGCAGCCCGUGCCGGCACCCAGCGACCAGCUGAGGAGGAGACCCCGGCCGAGCCUGCAGCCCAUCGCGGAGGGGCAGCCGAGGGAUGUGGAGAAGGGGGAAAAGGGGCUGGGCACCGCCCCGCUCCGGAGGCUCGGGGGUCCCGCCGGGGACCCCGCGGUGCCGCGGGCGGCUCCGGGAGGAGACGAGACCCGCACGGGGGCCAGCCCCGAGCCGCUCGCCGCCGGAGCCGCCGCCGGAGCCGCCGCCGGAGCCGCCGCCGGAGCCGCCCGGCCCGGCGGGGGAAGAGCGGAAGGGCCGCACGGCGAGCAAACCAAAGCGCUGCUGGUGGCCGUCAGCUCUGCUGUGGACAAGGUCAUCGCCCACUUCAGCACCGCGCGGAACCUGGUGCAGAAGGCCCAGCUGGGGGACAGCCGGCUCAACCCCGACGUGGGCUACCUGCUGCUGCACACCCUCUGCCCUGCGCUCUACGCCUUGGUGGAGGACGGGCUGAAGCCCUUCCAGAAGGAUGUUAUCACGGGCCAGAGGAAAAAUUCCCCCUGGAGCGUGGUGGAAGCCUCUGUGAAAACAGGCCCCAGCACCCGCUCCCUGCACUCCCUGUGCUGGCACGUGGCCGGGCUGGCCCCGCUCAGCAGCGCCAGGCAGAAGUUCCACGCCUUCAUCCUCGGCCUUCUGAACAUUAAACAGCUGGAGCUGUGGAUAUCUCACCUGCAGAAGAGCCCAGGUGUGAUCUCCGUGCUCUACUCACCCACGGCCUUCUUCGCCCUGAGCCAAGGCCCGCUCCCCCACCUCGCUGACGAACUUCUGCUGCUCAUCCAACCCCUCUCGGUGCUGACGUUCCACCUGGACUUGCUCUUUGAGCACCACCACCUCUCCGUGGACGUCCGGCCCCUGUCCCGCCGGGCGCGGGGGGCCGCGUCUCUGGGGGGCCUGGAGGACGAGACCCCCGCCGCUGCCCUGGGCGGGGUGGGGGGCACAGGGGGCAGCACAAGGCUCCGGUCCCCAGCGUCCGUGGGUGAGCUGGUCCCAACGCCCCCCGUGGGGGCUGCCCUGCACCAAACCUUCCAGCAGGUCCUGCGCUGGGGCGACCAGCUCGGCCGCAGCUUGCUGGGGUCCGAUACCCCCUCCCCGGAGAGCCACGGGCCCGAGGGGGACACUGGGGGUGGCCUCGGCGGCUGGUGGGGCCAGCUGAGCCAGAGCUCCAGGGUUUACACCACUCCCAGCAAGGAAAAGUCCCCCUCGGUCUGGUGGACCAAGCUGCGGGCGGCUGCGGGGGAUCCCAGCCCGGGCCAGGCUGGGCAAUCCCAAAUUUCCAGCAGCGAGCCCAGAGGCACGGAGCUGCAGCUCCUUCAGACCAAAGCUGUCCCCGAACGCUCCGGCACGAGGCCCAGCAGCAGCAGCAGCAGCACGGACACCUCGGGCACCUCUUCCCCUGAAGAUCUCUUCUUGCCCGCUGGAACUGGGGCGCUCACCGAGCCCGAUGAUCCCAGGGCGGGGAGGAACCUCCCGGCUGGUGCCCACAUCCUCCCGGCAGCACCUGGAGGGCCGGAGAGGGGUGAUGCUCCGGGUCCUGCCAGGGGCGGAUGGCUGGGCUGGCUCUUCGGGGCCACCAACGCCCCGGCCGGGAGCGUCCCCGCCGGCCCUGACGCCCUCGGGGCCGGGGCCAGGAGGCCGUCCCGCUGGCUCGCCCCCGGCCCGCACCUCCUGGCCGGGCUGAGGAAGGCUCUGGUGUCCCAAAGGAGCCGCGCCCCGGAGCCCCCGGCCCGCAGGGCAGUUCGGGCGCUCUGUGACCACACGGGCACCGCCGACGGGCACCUGAGCUUCCAAAAAGGAGACAUCCUGGAGCUGCUCUCCACCGUGGAUGAAGACUGGAUCUGCUGCUGCCACGGGGACAGCACCGGCCUCGUCCCUGUGGGUUACACGUCCCUGAUUUUGUGAAGGAGGCAAAAGGGACCCGAGGAAGCAGCUGAGCUCACCCGAGAGGAGACGUCCCCUGCCAGGGCUGUGCCACCUCCGGGGCUGGCAGCUCCCAGGGGACCCCGCCUUGCUCCUGUCACUGCUGCAUGGCAUCAGCGUCUGCCACCGUGUCCCACCGUGUGCCACCGCCUGCCACCCUGUCCCCCUCCUCUCUUGGGGGCUGGGGGGCUCCUCUGCCGCUGCCCACCCCCGUGCCAGGGCCUCUCCCUGCCCCGUGCCCCCUCCGUGCCCCGUGUCCUGCGCCUGCCGCCUCCCCGCGCCCUGCCCUGCCGCGGGGGCCCGGUGCCAGCGCUCUGUAGAGAGGUGUAAGCACAGGGCUGAGCUGGUUCCGCGGGGGGAAAAGCUGGAAAUAAAGGUUGUGAUUCACGUCUCCGC